AUGACGCAGUAUUUUGAAAAUUUUGAUGAAUUUCUUAAAGAAAUAGACCUGGAAAAUUAUGCUUCGUUUGUAAAAGAAAAUGUUUCAAAUGAGGCCAAAAAAUAUGAUGAGAAUCUUUGUGCUCAGGAUUUGAGAAAUUUAGCCAAGUGUUUACCUAGGGUGUCGGGUGUUUGGUAUGAUUUGCAUAAAAAUAGUUGGGAAGCUAGAUGGACCGAUAGAGGGAAAUCAGCAAGAAAAUAUUACUCUGUUCAGAAAUUUGGAUUUCAUGAAGCAAGGAAGUUAGCUAUAAAAACUAUUCAGACAAAAGAAAUAAAUUAUUUAUGUAAUAGUAUAAAUGAUAAAUAUGAUAGACCAUUAGAAUGGAAUUUAACUAGUGAUUUUUUAGAAAUUACUCGUGAUCCAACUAUUAACUUAAAAAAAAAAUCUCGAUCUAAAAAUUGUAGAAUUAAAGCAAAAAAAGAUACAGAAAAGAAUACGCUCCUAAUAAAAUCAACUAGUAGUAAUAAUAAUAAUAUGAAUGGUAAUGAUAAUGCUAAUGAUAAUGAUAAUGGUAGCGAUGUUGGAUAUACUUAUGACAAUAUGAAUAGUAAGAAAACGAAAUAUGAAAGAAAAAGUAUCCAUACAAUAAAUAGUAAAAAAAAAAAUACAUAUGAUAUUCUUAAAAUAAACUUCUAUGAGGACUUGCAAAACGAUGAUAUAUCUCAUGAAAAUGAUGAAAAGAAAAGAAGAACCACUGGAAAAACAACUUAUGAUAAUUUUGCUCUCAAACAAAUAGAAAACAUUAAAUAUUCGUACGAAAAAACUUUUGAAGAAAAUAACAAUGCCGAAGAAAAUUUGAAUUUGUUUACUUCAAUAGAAACUGAAAAAAAUAGAACAAAUGGAAGUAGCUAUGUUUUUAUAAGUGGUUCAGAAUCAGAUAGUAAUAAAAAAGAGAAUAACAAAUCAGAAUUUGCUAAUCACAUGAAUAUACAUAAUAGGAGCAAUAGAAAGAAGGAUAAACAUGAAAGAUUAAAUGAGAAAAAUUUAAAUACAAAUAAUAAUAGUGAUGAAUGGAAUUAUAUGAACGAUACUCAUUUAAAUAAUAUUUUUAAUAUAAAAAGAAUGGAUAACGGAAAUAAUGUAAAUGAAUAUAAACAAGAUGAUGAUAGCAAUGGUUCUGAAGAUAAACUAAUACAAAAUAUAAUAAACAAAUGUGAUUAUAAUAAUAAUGAAGAUUAUAGUGACGAUGAUAUUAAUGGUUAUAUUAACAAGGAUAAUGGUAACGAUGAUGAUGGUAACAAUGAUGAUGGUAACAAUGAUGAUGGUAACUAUGAUGAUGGUAACAAUGAUAAUGUGUGUAUUAUUAAAAAUGUCAAGAAUUCUCAAAAGAAUGAAAAAUUAUAUUAUAAUAAAGAUUAUAACCAAGACACCAAGAAAUUCGAAAAUGAAGAAAUUUUCAAUAUGUUCAAUCAACAAAGUGUCUUUUCUAAAGAAGAUUUUUAUAAUAAACAAAUACAACUUUUAAAAUAUUACAUGAAAAAAGAUAAAUCUGAAAUUCCUGAUAAUAAAAUGGAUACAUGUAAUGAAUUUAAUUCAAUGAGAAAUAUUGAAAUGGCACCGAAUUGGAGCUCAAAUGAGAUUCACAAUUGUGUGCUUAAUGGUUUUACGUGUAAUUCACAUAUGCAUAACGAACAUAUGAAUAAUGCUUAUAUGAACAAUUUAUAUAUGCAUAAUAGCUGUAAGAAUAAAGAUGGUAUAAAUAAUGGAUAUAUAAGAAAUUACUGUAAAGAGAAUAGUUGCAAGAAGGAUUUCUAUGAGAAUAAUAAAUAUAGAAAUAGUUUUUGUAUGAACAAUAUAUGCACGUGGAAUAAUUUCGAGAAUAAAUUUUGUAUGAACAAAUGUUGUAUGAACAAAUAUUGUAUGAAUAAAAAUUGUACAAAUCAAUAUGGUACAAAUCAAUAUUGUACAAAUCCAUAUUGUACAAAUCCAUAUUGUACGAAUGAAUUUUAUAUGAACAAUGCUUGUAUCCACAAUGCCUGUAUUCACAAUACUUGUAUGGGAUAUCGUUGUAUGAAUAAUCUUUGUAUGCACAAUAAUUGCAUGCUUAAUAAUUAUGUAAGAAAUAAUUGUACUUAUAUAAAAAACACUAUGAAUAAUUCAUCAUAUGAGAUAUUCGAUGAGAACAAAAUGCUUUCUUUUUAUGAAGACUUGAAAAAUAUCGACCUUAACAAAUUAAAUGCUAAUAAUUCUUGCCUAUUAAAUGAUACCAUUUGUAAGCUAUAUGGUAGUAGCUAUAAUAAUGACUCUAAUAACAAUAGCAAUUUUUCUACAUCUUAUAAAAACGAUUCUUACAAUUUUAGUAAUAUUUUAAAUAUUAUUCAAAAAAAAACUGACGACUUUUUAAGGGAAAACAAAGAUAGAAACAUCUUCAACGAAUAUAAUGCUUCUAACAAUAUUUUGAGAAAGUUGACUAGCAUGAUAAAUAGAAAAGAUUAUUCUCAAAAAGGAGAAAGUGAAGAUGGACUUGAAGAACAUAAAACUGAAGAAGCAAAAGAAGAUAUGAAAGAUAGUAAAUCAAACGAAGUUAUAGGAAAUUAUUAUAAAUAUAAUGAAUUAGAAAAAGGACAAGAGGAGGAAGAUGGAAAACGUGCACAAUCUGAAGAUAAAGAAAAAGAAGAAAAAAAUAAAAAAGAACAUACAGAAAAGAAAAAUAAUAUAUGUGACGAAUCAGAAUAUGGACAAGAAGAGUACAACUGUGACAAAAUAGAAAAGGAAGAAAAAAAUGAAGAGAACAAAAUUGAUGAAUCAAAAUAUGAAGAGUAUAAAGGUGAAAAAAAUAAAUCAAAUGGAGAAAAUAAAUCAAUUGAAGAAAAUAAAUCAAUUGAAGAAAAUAAAUCAAAUGGAGAAAAUAAAUCAAUUGAGGAAAAUAAAUCAAAUGAAGAAAAUAAAUCAAUUGAAAAAAAUAAAUCAAUUGAAAAAAAUGUAUCAAAUGAAGAAAACAGAUCAAGUGACGAAUCAGAUGAGCAUAAUCCAAUAAAACAACCUUUCAUAAUACAUAAUUCAAGGGAUUCUUUAAAUUCAUCAGACAAUUUGCUUAUUUACAAAAAUGCAAUUGUUUUACUUUUAAAUGACAUAAAACUAAAAUGCCUACCACAAUUAGGCAAACAAUUUUCAGAUGUAGAAAGAAUAAUUGAUAAUUAUUUAAUUUAUGUGAAUUCUGCUCUUAAUGAACACUUUUUACGCACAUUUGUAAAUUUAUUUGACAUGUGUGUAACAAAUAAUACUUUACCUAGUCAAAUGGACACAAAGAUACAACAUAUUUUUUGUAAUGCCUUAAUAGCUCUCCAUGUUAUAUUUCUGAACUUUGUGAAUGACAAUAAUAAUCAUCUCCUUGAUAAUUAA